AUGUUGCCUAUUGUGACACAGCUGAAGAUUUUCUUAUUGCUCUUUGUGCUGCACACACAAGCGCAUCCGAUUACCAACAGCAAUGAUGCAGCGCUUGCGCAAACCGCAGUGGACAAUACCAAGCUUUUGUUUGAGGUCAAUGGUGGCUCCGUCCAAAACACGCCCAUCGCAGAAGACACGGCGACGGCUGGCGACAGUAGUCCAAACUUUCGCGUCGACGAAGCGCAGCUGGCGGAGUACACGGUGCAUUCACAAGCCGAGGAAGGCGGUAGCAGCAGCUCUGGUGGAUUUAGGAUCUCUUUGUUGCCGUCGCAAGAAAAGACUGCCGAGUCGGUAAAUCUGGAACAAGAAGGCAUACCGUCAAAAGUACUUAGCACAUAUGACAAAACCCAGAAGAAGGUGGCCGAUUUGACCAAUCUGGAACCUAUUGUGGACACCAUUAGUGAGCAUGAGAAAUAUGGCAAUAACGGUGAUAUGUUUGAUGGCAUAGCGCGCUCAAUUGUGAACGGUUACGAGGCUUUUUCGAAUCUGCUCAACGCUUUAAUACAGAAACCGAAGGAUAUCGCUCGUUCUAUUUCGAAAGGCAUUACGGCACAGCUGGAUGUUAUUGGUGGCAAAAUUGUUGGAUUAUGAAAAUAUCCGAUUUUAUUAUAAAGUUUAAAUUUUACUUAAGUUAGAAUUAGUUGUUGAUUGUUUGUAUUAUUUUUAUUGUAUUUUUAGUUCUCAAUAAAUAAUUUAUUAGUUGUUUUAACAUAUAAUUGUUGUUUUUUUUGGUUUAGGUGGAUAAAUUCUAUAAGACAAGCAAUUUUAAUUUAUACUAAGCAACUUGUUUUGAAUAAUAAAAAAUUUUUAGAAACAAAAAUGCCAAAGCAAAUCAAAUAGGAAUGUUUUACUAUUAUCAAAUCGAUAAUAAUUCUAAAAUUGUAUUCAAAUGAAAAACAAUAUGAAAUGUGUUCACUUUUUAUAGCAAAUGCAAGUAAUUUU